UGGGAAUGAAUGUGGGGAUAAGAGAAAAACAGUCCUCUAAGAGUAAUUUAAUAGCAUACAGGAGGAAAGCACCAAAGUUAAAGGGAAGAAGAAAAUCAUACGCAGUGUCAUCUACAAGCGAUAUGAUAAAAUACAAAAAGUCGUGUGAAAAAGCUCAUAAAUUAUUGUUAACAAAAACAACAGGGAUUGUUAAACAGAAUUCUAAGCAAAACGAAACUUGAACGAGAGCAAGAUCUCUAGGCAAAAACAAAUCAUCAUCUUUAAAGAGAAAUCAGAAGUUUAGCACAACAAUAAACUUCCAAGAUAGGAUGAAUCAUGAUGCUGGGUCACCUACCUUUAAAUAAGAAAGAGAGUAGUGAAAACUUGCUAUGAAGAAGCAGAAACAAAUCAAUAUUUGAUAUUGGAUCCAAGGGAUCUAUGAUUAAAAAUGGCACCUUCAAAUCUAAGAAAGGAAACAAAAAGAAGAGAAAAAUAAAGACUGAAAACCUCCUUAAAUCUUUUAAGAGAUUAAAAGGAAUGAAAAACAACAAAAGUGAGAAAGCAAUUCCAACUCCUUGUACUUGAUCUAUAAAUCAAAAGGAACAAAACGGUCAACAAUUAACGCCAGUCAAAAGCAACGUAUUAAAAGAAAGGCAAAAUAACCUAACAGUUAUAUCCCCAGAGGAUGCAAAACCCAAUCAAACUCUGAUAGUUGAGAAGAGUUCAAUCAGUGAAUCCAAUGUAUACUUCACUCAAGAUAACAACGAACAGCUAGUGAUAUCAACUUCUGGCGGUUUUAAUUCCAAAAAAUCAGUUUGAGACCUCCCUAAAUCAAAAUUGUAUAAACCUGUCAGAAAGUCCAAGAAGAGAAAAUGUAAAAAGACUGAUAGCGUCCAGAUCCUAGAUACUUCAGCAAUCACGAACAAAAGUUCAGCUCAGACCUCUUCCUUCAGAUUCUUUGUCAACGAAGGAAAUGAACUGAGGAAAAGAGGAGAUCAAUACAAACAGAUCAGUGAGCUAGCCAGCCAGGUUCAGAAAUAAAGACGCUCAGAUUAAAAUCCUAGAAGAAAAGUUAAAUGAAAUAGAAGAAGCUCAUCAAGAAGAAAUUAAAAAGAUAAACCAAUUGUAUUCUCAGAAAGAAAAUCAGAGGCAGAAAUCAGAGAAUAAUCUCAGAAAUAGGAUUAUGAGUCUUGAAAUGGAGACGAAACAGAAAUAGCAUUAAUAUUACUAAUUUACUAGACCAGGACAUCUCACAGAUCACUCCUAAAAAAUAGGUGUGAUGAGUGAGAGAGGUUGAGAUCCAUAAUACAAGAAAUGGAGGUCCAACUUGAAUCAUAUAAGAAAUCUAUACUUAGGAAAGAGAGUAAGGUUAAAACUCCAACUCAAUUUGACCAAUCAGACUUGAAGUCCUACAUCAGAGAUAUUGAGAAUGAAGGAUUAGAAUUAGAAAGUAUGCUUUAUGAACAGGAUAACAAAAGUAUUCGCUAUAAUCCUUCUCCUUUGGAUGGAAGAGAAGCAAUAACUAAAAUAUCAUUCUUGACUAUGUCGCAGAACAAAACUCCCAACGACGCAGAGGAGGAAGAGUAUAAUUUGAAGAAAUCUGUACAGUGUGAUACUCCCAAAAUCCCUCUUUCUGAGCUAUAUCAUCACAGAUCGAACGUCUCUGAAACUCCUAAGUAUGUAAAAAUUUCAAUGGAUGGUCGCAAACCAAAUUUAAGACCGCUAAACAGCCAAAAGAUGAGCCCUUUUCAAAAGGUAGAGGAGGAAGAAUGCACCUUGAAUUCGUAUACCAUAGAGAAAAAAUAUAGCCAAUGCGAUAAACAGAAGGUUAAUAACCAAGAUUGUGGAGCAUUCCAGUUUCCUUUCUUCCAGAAUGGAACAGAUGAGCAUUGCCAUUGAGAAACUGAUCGUUAA